AUGCUAGAUAACUGGAAAAGGGGAGACAGUGCAUUUGAUAAACACAAGCGGUUAUAUCCAAGCUGCAGCUUCAUCCAGAACGCAUCUCCUGUCAAUCUUGGAGCAUCCUUAUAUUCUGCAUUCUCGCCUCCAAGUUCUCUGAGCAGUCAGACACAGUCAUCGUCUUCUGAAGAAAGUGUUAUAAGUAAAUCCUACACAAGUAUUCCUCUGGUCCAAGAUGUUCUAUCUAUGGGCUUCUUGCGCAGAUUGGUCAAAGAAACCAUUUUUAAUAAAAUACUGACCACGGGGGGGGAGAAUUACAAGGAAACUGCUGACUUGGUGAAUGAUUUAGUGACUGCCCAGAAAGAGCAGACCGAAGAGGAGAGAGACCGACAGUCAGAGCAAAAAGAUUUGCCAAUGGAAGAGCAGUUAAGAAGGUUGCAAGAAGAGCGGACUUGUAAAAUUUGCAUGGACCAAGAAGUGUCCAUCGUCUUUAUCCCAUGUGGGCAUCUGGUAGUAUGCAAGGAUUGUGCACCAUCCCUACGGAAAUGUCCCAUUUGCAGAGGAAUAAUUAAAGGCACAGUUCGCACAUUUCUUUCAUGA